AUGUUGCAGUCAGACGCCGACAACUACUUCCAGACCUCGGACUCGGUCGCCGAACAACGACGCAGACAGGCCAAAGCCGACAACAAGAAUGGAAACCCCGUCGCCUUGACCUCCAAGAUCCUCGCCAUCCACGCCGACCCUCAGGACCUGGAUGCCGUCUAUAUCGCCGAAGCUGCUGGUACUGCACGACGCAUCCUUCUCGAGACCGGCGAGAAGUCAACCGUCUACACUGGCGCUGCCGCCCCCCUGACGUCCCUCACUACCCUUAGAUCACCUUCAGCCGAGCCCAUCCUCUUCGCCGCAUGUUGGGACAAGACGAUCCACUCCUGGAACCUCAAAACCCGCAGACCCCUACGCCGCUACACUGGCCACUCCGACUUUGUAAAAUGUGUCCUCGCAACCGAGCUAUCUGGCAUUUCUGUCUUGCUGUCAGGCUCUGCAGAUUCUAGCAUCAUAGUCUGGAAUGUCGAAACGGGCAAAAAGCUCCAUACACUCAAGGGCCACGCUCGCGCCGUCCUCCAUCUUACCCUCGAUCCUGCAGCGACCACAAAAGACGAGCUCUGUCUCUUCAGUGCCGAUACCGUUCGCGAUAUUCGCAGUUGGAAAAUCACUCUUGACAGCGCAUCCGAGCUGCUAGCAACACCACUACGACCCCAUGAAACUUCCGUCAACCGCUUGCGUUUCGAGGACUCGCUUGUUGUAGACGCCCAAGACGCCGACGUUGAUGCAGACCUCUGGACUGCAUCAUCGGACAAGACUGCUCAGAGACUCGUGCGCUCGCGCAAUUGGGAAACAGAUACCACUCUUGCUCAUCCUGACUUUGUGCGAGAUAUUGUCAUCGAUCAGCAAGCUGGAUGGGUCAUCACCGCGUGUCGUGAUGAGGAGGUGCGCGUCUGGAACUCUUCUUCUGGAGAGUUGGCUUGUGUUUUCAGUGGCCAUUUCAACGAGGUCACUGGUCUUGCCUUGAUGCCUCCUGCACAGGGCAGCAGAGCCAGUCGUGUCGUCAGUGUCAGCAUUGAUGGCACGCUUAGAGUUUGGACUCUCGAUCCUGCAGGCAUGAAGAAGGCUCAGGAGGAGUACGAACGUCAGCAGAAUGGCAUCGAGGUCGAGAAGGAGCCCGAGGUCAAGAAGGAGAGCAUGCUCACCGCCGAGGAAGAAGCCGAGCUGGCUGAGUUGAUGGACUCAGAUGACGAGUAG